UACAUCACUAGUAAAAAUUGUUUUCGUAUAGUUAACAAACAUAAAGUGCAGAAGGUUUCCUUUAUUAUUCCUUAAAAUGUUUAUAAACUUAAAAUGUCGGUAUUAACAAUAGAAAAUAUAAAAGAGCACUGUCGAACUUGCUUGAAAAAAUUGAAACUAGAGAAUGUAAAUUAUUUAGCAAAUGUAGAUGAGGUAGCGAAUUUAUCUGAUUGUGAAAAUUUAUGCAUUAACUUUGUAAAUAUUGAACUAAUACCAACAUUUAUUGCUUCGUGUAUGGAUGAACAGUGGAGUAAUGAAGAAACGAAAACAAUAACUCAAGAAUAUCCUCAAUGCAUUUGCUUACAUUGCUAUAAACGAUUACAAAGUUUUGUGUCAUUCAAAAAUCAAGUCAGAAAUAGUACACAGAAGUUGCAAGAGUUAGUUUGCUUAGGUGCAGCUAAAGUUGAAAUUGCUGAAGAUGAAGACUGCCAGGAAAUUGAGAAUAAUAUUGCAGUACAACAAACUACAACCGAAAGCUUCAAUUUGUUGCUUAAAGAUGCUCUUAUGGAAACAGAAUCCGUCAUGAUAAAUACAUUGAGUGAUGUGGCAAUGAUAAGCAAUGAUCUACUUUAUCCAGAUCCAUUUGGUAAUGGCACGCUAGUAGAUAUCCCUAAACAUGAGCAAGAGAUCGAUGAUAUUUGCGAAGCAAGCAACAAUGAAGAGUGGCAAGGUUUUCACGAUGAACAUUCCAACGAAGAACUAUAUAAAACAGCUAUAGAUCAUGACGAAGACAACUAUAAAACUCACAAAACUAAUGCCGAAACGGUGGUUGCAGAAACAUGUAAAGCUCAGUUCAACGAACGGAGCGAUUGUAAUUUGGAAACAAAAAAGUAUCCGACGCGGUCUCUUAGAAAACGAUCUCUAACCUUUGAGACUGGAAUUGCAGAUAACAAUGAAACAACGAGUACAAAAGUGGAAAAUCUUAGUGAGAAGUUUCAAUUGAAUUUAGGCACAGUGAAUUUGGAUAGUACGACAAAACGUCGCAAUAAAGGAACUAAAAACAGUUUCAAAUGUGAGCAAUGUAGUCACUGCUUUGCACACCAAAUAACACUGGACGCUCAUAUACGUAAGGUACACGAAGGUAGCAAGCGUCCAUUUCAAUGUGAUCGUUGUGAAAAGUCAUAUACAUUUAUUGGCGGACUUUACACUCAUAUCAAGGAAAUACACGAUGCAGAAGUACGCUCAUACGCUUGUGACAUCUCGGGAUGUGAGCGUGUAUAUACUAGUUUUAUUGCUAUGCAAAAGCACAAACGUUUAAAACACUCGGAUACGUCUUGUGCAACAAAAUACGUGUGUGAGCAGUGUGGUGCUACCUUUAAUCAAUCCGGCAAUCUAAAAUAUCAUCGACGCGCAAAACAUCCCACUGAAGCAGAGCAAGCUGAAAAGGAGCAUUUGAAAGAGCGUUUUGAAUGCGAUAUUUGCAAAAAACUCUUCUAUUCACGUUACACACUCAAGUACCACACCUUGCAAUUGCACACCAACGAAACGAAGUAUGAAUGUAACGUUUGUGGUCGACGUAUGGCUAAGAAAUUCAUGCUUGUCCAACAUAUGCUAGUACAUUCUAAUGAUAAAAUGCCUUGUGAACACUGUGGCAGACUGUUUAUACGAAAAUUUGAACUGGAGGCACAUGUUAAAGCAGUGCAUAUGAAACUGAAACCAUUUGAAUGCCAAUAUUGUUCUGAAUGCUUUGCUUCUAGAAAAACCCUGCGCCAUCAUGAAUAUAUACAUACAGGAGAGAAACCUUAUGUUUGCGAUGUCUGUGGACAAGGAUAUCGACAGCAGACCUGCUUAAAAAACCAUCGAAAAUCACACGAAAAAUUCAUUGCAGCAAUAAAUCCAACAACAAAUGUUAAUCAGGAAUUAACUAAUACAUUUAUGGUCCCAUGAAAUGAUAUCUUCUCUUAAUUGAAAUCCCACAAGGUGUCAGUAAUAAUCAGAGAAGUAGCUUGUGUUGCGCUUGGAGAAGGGGGAUAGGUGUAAAUAAUACACCAGCACGAAAAAUCUUAUUAUUUUGUUGUAGUCCAUCAAUAAUGCGUGGAUAAAACUGAUCGUCUCUCUGAACUCUUAUUUGUCUUGUAAAUGUAGUCAAAAUUUUGUUAUGUUAUUAGCGAUAUUUUGAAAUAAGAUGAUUUCAGAAAGAGAAAUGCUCAAACUUUAUUUUAUUGCAAUUUCUUCACUAUAACAUACACUACGAGUUUUUUCCACCAUCUGUUUGAUUUGGUUUUUCCGGCGGAGUUGACUUAAUAUCUAACUUUUGUACAUUUGUAGCAUCCAUUUCUCGUUCUAUGUAUGUAUUUAAAUCAUCUAAUGGUUUGUAGUACAUAUGAACCAGUUGCGAGCCAGCCA